AUGGCCUCUUCCCUCCAGGUUCUUCUCGUCUUCUUUUCUGUCCUCGCCGAUUCAACUGAUCCAGGUUCACUCCAAGACUACUGCCUUCCUACUCAAGAGCAGCAGCACCAGUGCAAGAGCUCGCCAUCACCCAGUGACUUCGUCUCCAAAGUCCUGGGAAACACCACCAAUACCCGGCCUCCACAGACCUGGAAUGCCACUCUGCUUUCCUCGGCAAACUUCCCAGCUCUCAACACCAUGGACCUCACCAUCGCCAGAGCCGAACUGGGAGUCGGAGGCACGGUCCCGCUGCACUACCACCCCCGAGCAUCCGAGCUCGUCUUCAUCGCGGAAGGAGUCGUGGAGGUCGGGUUUGUCGACACGAGCAACGUCUUGUUCAUCCAGACCCUCCAGCUGGGGGACGUGACGAUCGUUCCCAAAGGCAUGCUCCACUACGAAUACAAUCCUGGCAGCAGCAGAGCCACCUUGCUGGCCUAUAGCCAGAGUCCCGGUAUCCUCGCCCCUGGCCACGGUGUCUUUGGCUCUGGAAUUCGAGACGAAGUUAUCGCGGCCUCCCUCGGCGGACUGGACCACGCCACGCUUGAAGCGGUGAAAGCCAAGUUCAAGCCUCGGUUGUGA